GCCGUCUGAUAAGAAAAAGUCAAGUUUGAUAGACAAGAGAUGGAUUCAUAUAGCUCAUUCAAUUCAAGAUCCUCCACAAAGAGAGUUGAAGAGUUCCGGUCAGUUUCAAGUAGCACGAGCCAAGAAGUGUACAUGGAGACGUCAUCGACACGCAGUCAGAUGUCUUCAGGCAUGUCAAGCUCUCGGAGUAUCACAGUGGUGGAGGAGAGUGCUUCUGUGGACGGACGGACCGUGGCGAGCAGCCGAGAGGUGAUCGGUGGGGGAACACGACAUUCGGCGAUACAGUCGUCAUCGGCAGGGGGUGUCACCAUCGAGGAGAUUGGCAGCAAGCAAGGCAUCAAUGUCACAAGCGAGAGGAGGUCCUCUAGCGGGAAACCCGUAUUUACAAAAACCAUUGAGGGCAUGUGCGUGAAACGUGUCUCGGACCAGGAUACUGAGACAUCCGGUGGUAAUGCUGUAUUUGAGUGCGAACUGGAAGAUCGUGCCAAGGUCAUUUGGCUGAAAGACAAUAAGCCACUGGAGGAUAAGUUGGCGGACAGAAUCCGAGCGGUGACCAAGGAUGAUACCAAGCAUCGUCUGGAGAUCAAGGGAUGCCAUGAGAGUGACACGGCGUCAUACACUGCUCGUGCAGAAGCUAAUGGUGCUGUGGCAUCUUGUACUGCCCACCUGCUUGUUGAGGAAUUGUUAAAGCAGGAGAAGAACGAAGGCAGAAAGGAGCCGUACUUCACUAUCAGCCUCCAUGACACAGAGCUGCUGGAGAACACCUACCUGCGGUUCCUCAUCAAGGUCAGAGGGGACCCUAAGCCCGACGUCAAGUUCUACAAGAAUGACAGGCUUAUCACAGUAGCCAAUGAGAGGGUUGAAAUCAUCAAGACCAAUGCGGACAAGGGCUUCUAUGAGUUGAUCAUUCCGGAUGUGCAGCAAGAGGAUGCCGGAAAUUACAAGUGCAUUGCCAGCAAUAUCCACGGCGAAGUGGAAUGUGACAGUAAUGUUACUGUCACCGAUGACAAGAAGCUGUUUGAAGGUCUGGAAGAGGCUGACUUACUGAAGCCUGGCGAGCAGCCCAACUUCACGUGGCUCAGAGACGGAAAGCCUUUUGAUCCUGAAGAUCGGUUUAAAGUUCUUUUUAAGGAUGAUGAGGACUCUCUGGCUCUAGUGUUUCAGCAUGUAACACCUGAAGAUGCAGGCUUGUACACUUGUGUGGCUUCCACAACUUCUGGCAAGAUAUCAUGUAGUGCUGAGCUCACAGUGCAAGGCAGCGUGAACCAGCUGAUGAGGGAACCACAGAAGCCUAAGCUGACCACAGAAGUCAAGAAGCAGCAGACCAGUGUUGGUGGCACGGCCAUGCUUGAGCUCAAAGUUGAAGGUUUCCCCAAACCUGAGGUUAAGUGGACCCAUGACGGCAAGGAAAUAGAGGCUGGUGGUAGAUUCAAGUUCUUGCAUGAUGAGGAGGAGUCGAUGAGCUUGGUCAUCAAGAAUGUCCAAUCAGAAGAUGCUGGAGACUACAAGAUCCAAGCAGUCAACGAUCUUGGGGAGGACACUGAUGUGGUCCAUCUCACUGUGAAAGCUCCGCCAAAGUUCAAGACGAAGAUGACGGAUGUGUCGUGCAUGGCAUCAGCUGAAAUAAAACUUAGAGUGGAGGUGGAAGGAUGUCCUCAACCAGACGUGACAUGGUACAAGGACGGCAAGGUGAUACAGAAGAACAGUGAGCGUGUGAAGACAUACAACGAGGUGACUGGCACGUACGAGCUGGUGAUUGACAAGGCGACUCUGGACGACACAGGCUCGUACUCUGUUGUUGCCACCAAUGAGCUGAGUCAAACCUCCGAGUUCUGUAAAGUGGAGGUGCACAGCCCCCCGGAGUUCGUCAAGACCAUGACUAAACACCUGGAGGUCAGCGAAAACGACACGGUCACAUUCCAAGUCAAGGCUCGCGGUGACCCCGCCCCCACCGUCAAGUGGUUUAAGGAUGGCAAGGAGCUGAAACAUGAUGGAGGUCAUAUCCAGAUCAGCGAAGAUGGAGAGACCAAGACAUUGGUGGUCCACAAAAUCAACCGGAAAGACACUGGAAAGUACUCAUGUGAGAUCAGCAACAUCUACGGCAGCAACAAAGAUGAGGGAGAGAUGUUCGUGAGGUGCUGUCCACAGUUCCGCACAAAGCUGACUGACCAGAAGGCUAAUGAGGGAGACACUAACGUAGAGUUCACAGUAAACAUCGAAGCGUUCCCCAAGCCCAACGUCAAAUGGUUCCACAAUGAGGUUGAGAUAACGGAGAAGAAGACAGAGUUUACGAGGAUUGAGGAGGGUGACAACUACAAACUUAUAAUCAAAGAAGUUACAACAGAACUCUCCGGAAAGUACACUUGCAAGGUGUCCAAUGAAUUGGGAAAAGAGGAGACUAGUUCUAAGUUCACUGUUUACUGUAAGUUCGCUUAAUUUAAUUCUAUUUAU